CUGUACUCAGUUAGCUCCUGACGCUCUUCAGAAAAACAACUCAAUCAGAAUCGUUUAAAAUGGCGGAAGGAAAGUCACGCCGUGUCGCCCAAACAGAAGAUUUAUCAAACGUUGAAUUUGAAACAAGCGAAGAUGUCGAAGUUAUCUCCACAUUUGAUAAUAUGGGACUUCGUGAUGAACUUCUUCGAGGAAUCUACGCUUACGGUUUUGAAAAACCUUCUGCUAUUCAGCAACGUUCAAUUAAACCUAUUAUGAGGGGAAGAGAUGUAAUAGCACAAGCACAAUCAGGUACUGGAAAAACCGCUACAUUCUCCAUAUCAAUUCUACAAUCCCUAGACACGCAAGUACGUGAAACACAGGUAUUAGUUUUGUCACCAACUCGUGAAUUGGCUGUCCAAAUUCAAAAAGUUAUCCUGGCUUUGGGAGAUUUUAUGAAUGUACAAUGUCAUGCUUGUAUUGGUGGUACCAAUCUUGGAGAAGAUAUUCGAAAGCUUGAUUAUGGUCAACAUGUUGUUUCUGGAACGCCUGGCAGAGUUUUUGAUAUGAUUAAAAGAAGAGUUUUAAGAACACGAGCAAUCAAAAUGCUAGUACUGGACGAAUCUGAUGAAAUGUUAAACAAAGGUUUUAAAGAACAGAUCUAUGAUGUCUAUCGAUAUCUACCCCCAGCGACUCAAGUGGUUUUAGUAUCAGCUACAUUACCACAUGAAAUUCUUGAAAUGACGAGCAAAUUUAUGACUGAUCCAAUUCGUAUCUUAGUUAAACGUGAUGAAUUGACUCUGGAAGGCAUCAAGCAAUUCUUCGUGGCGGUAGAACGUGAGGAAUGGAAAUUUGACACACUUUGUGAUUUGUAUGAUACACUCACCAUCACUCAAGCUGUUAUUUUCUGUAACACAAAACGCAAGGUUGAUUGGCUUACGGAGAAAAUGCGUGAGGCUAAUUUCACAGUAUGUUCAAUGCAUGGAGAUAUGCCGCAAAAAGAACGUGAUAAUAUCAUGAAAGAAUUCCGAUCAGGACAAAGCCGAGUUCUAAUUACAACAGAUGUUUGGGCAAGAGGUAUUGACGUGCAACAAGUUUCAUUAGUCAUCAACUACGAUUUACCCAAUAACCGUGAGCUGUACAUUCAUCGAAUAGGCAGAUCUGGUCGAUUUGGUCGUAAAGGUGUUUCAAUUAAUUUCGUAAAGACCGACGACAUCAGGAUUUUAAGAGACAUUGAACAAUACUAUUCAACACAAAUCGAUGAAAUGCCUAUGAACGUUGCUGAUUUGAUCUAAAUGUACAAAAAAUUUCAAUUAUUUAUUUACACAUUUAAUUAAAUGUUACUCUUAUAAAUA